AGGCGGGCCAUUUUACCCAACGAACAAACGCCCACGGAGAGAGCACAUUCGAUCCUCUGAAAGGGUUGCAACUUGUUUAAGGAGCAGCGGGCUGAAAUGAAAUUUCUCGAGUUUGCAUGGUUUGGAGUUUUUCUCACUAUCUGCAGAGCCAGGAAAGGGACAAUAAGUACCCCUAUAAAGCUUAAAGUAGAGGCUUCAUCUCCUACUUCUCUGCGACUAACAUGGGACCCGCCCGUGGUUAGUCCAAAUUCUCUGAUGGGGUACAGUCUUGUCUUCGUCCCAGUACAAACUCAACACAAGAGACGAACCCAUGUUGAACUUUUCAUAAACCAGUUUAACCUUACCAACCUUCGGCCAGGGACACGAUACAGGAUAAAAGUUGCGCCAUUGAUGAACAAUGGAAAAUUGAGAGGAGUUUACUCCAGCUGGGUAAAAGUAAAGACGUUGACAGACAACAAGAAUGCUUCAAGCCAAAACCGUGAUUUAACAGAUCAGUCACCGAACUCGCCCCAAGUCCCCAGUCACUGCGCACGCAUCCGUCAAGUGUGUGAAAAUAUCGGUUACAACUACACACAGCUGCCGAACUAUUUCAAUCAGAGGACUCACGACGAAGCUGGGCACGAGUUCUCGCAAUUCACCCGUACGAUCCAAUCAAACUGCUCAAAAGUGCUUCACGUGUUUUUGUGUUCAUUGUAUUUCACACCAUGUGCCAAUGACUCUAACACUGUCACACCCCCUUGUCGCUCCGUAUGCCGCGCGGCCCAACGUGACUGUGAGCCUUGGCUAAAGAGGAACGGGUUCGGUUGGCCUUAUAAAUUCAGAUGCAGUUCAUUUCCUGAUCCCAGUGACAAGACCUGUGUUAGCGACGACGGCACCAUAACACAAGUAGUAGAACCAAAUGUGGUACCAAAGAAAUGUGAUCCACUAAACACUGAUAUGUGUAAGGACCUGGGCUAUACCUUUGUUCAGAUGCCAAACUUUUUCAAGGACGAAACGCAGAACGAAGCCAAGUUACGGAUUAAGGAAUUUUAUCCGCUGGUGCAAACAAAGUGUUCCCCGGCGCUUCGUUUUUUUCUGUGUACGCUGUAUAUACCUCCCUGCGUCAUCAACGUGAACGAGAUGAUCCAUCCAUGUCGAGAGGUCUGCGAGGAAGCCAGGAGGGGCUGCGAACCUAUUAUGUUGCGAGCUGGAUUUCAUUGGCCAGAUGUCAUGAAAUGUUCACGGCCUGAUUUCCCUUUGAAUCGGUCAGGUUUCUGUUUGAAACCAAACCCUCAGAAUCCAAAAGCAACAGCCGUUUCUCCGACACAGUCACACUGCCAGCCCCUAAUGAUUCCAUACUGCCGAAGUCUUAAUUACACCAGCACCAUUUUGCCAAACCUUCUGAACCACACAAGCCAAACAGAGGUGAAUACUACCCUCGCUUCAAAAGAGAUGAGUUUACUUAUGAAGUCAAAGUGCUCUCAACAUCUGAAAAGGUUCGUCUGUUUUCUGCUGGCACCGCACUGCACCUCGGAUGGGAAACCGCUACCUCCCUGCCAAUCAUUUUGCGAGAAGGUGAAGAGGGAUUGUGCGAACGCGUCUUGUCACUGGUUGGCAAAUUUGAACUGUGCAAAAUUUCCAACCUUGUCGCGCAAAAGACUGUGCUUUGGAGAUCCGCUGACCACUAUGGACUGUGUUGGUCCACAUAGCAGACCCUGCACGGUGAUUUCAUCCACGUUUCCGAUCAUCUUAAAAUGUUCUCCACCAGCCGCACGAUUCGUAAUUGACGAAGUGAACAUCAACCUCUACAACGGAACACAUAUUCUUAUGUCUUCAACAUCGGACGUUCUUCGGGAAUGCAACGGAAACAGCCGAAGCGUUAAUGGAAGAUACGAAUGUCAAUUUAGUGUCCUGUACAGCAAGUAUGGAAUCAGUGCGCAAACUGUGAACACAGUCACUGUGAAAUAUCACUGUCGUAAGACCUGAGAGACAAACCGGAGAAGUUACAACAUUUUUUUUCGCAGUUGUUUUAAUCACUCACAUUCGCUAUGUUUGGACUCGAAUCACGAUACAAUGGAUGGAGUGCAUGAUUUCUCGUUGUUUUUUUCGUAUGCUUUUUUUUCUCUUUUGUAGUUUGUUACUCAGAAACAUUGGCUUUGUGAUGAGUAUGCUUUUAAAAAGCAGUUCGAACAGACAAGUUUAUGUUUUUACGUUAUAUGUUUUCCAAGAAAUUUAUCAACAGGCCUUGACGUCGUUUACUAUCCCCGCGUCCUAUUGAGGUCAGUUAACAGGACAAAUUAGACCUCCUGGAGUAGUUUUAACAUG